UAUUUUUUUCUUUUAAACUUCGCUUUCGCUUUCGCUUUUACUUUUGCCCUCCUACAAAUGAUUCACCUUGAGGAAUACCUUGACACUCUCGAGGCGCUGCCGAUGGAGCUUCAGCGGCAGUUCACGCUCAUGCGCGAGCUCGACGCGCUGUCGCAAGACAUCCAGGAGCAAAUGAAGAAGGCGACUUCGGACUUUAUUUCAAAUCCGCCCACCAAGGACGACCCGCAGCAUACCGAGUACCUGAAGACAUUCGUGCAGCUCUUCACGUCAGUGCUCAAGCACGGCGAGGAGAAAGUGGCACUGGCCACGCAGACCUACGACCUGGUUGACAAGCAUAUCCGCAAGCUCGACGACGAUUUGACGAAAUUCGAAGAGCGCCAAUUGACAAUGCCGCCACGCAUUGCGCAUGCCUGGGGGCCGGGCGCGACAUCAAUGGCGGUGCCCGAUAAUACGGCUGUUGAGGAGCCGGUGGGGGCCGAGAAGGAGCGCAAGGCAGCCAGCAAUAGGCGGAAUGCAGACGAGUCGGCGGCCACGACCAGGAAGCGCCGGACCAACAACCGCGAGGCGUCGCCGCCUGGAACUACAAAGUCAAGCACGCCCAGCGGCAGGCGCGGCAAUGGCGGGCGCGGGAACAGCGCCGGCGGUAGCGGCAGUGCGAAAAAUAGCGCAGCCAACGACAACAAGGCCAGGAGUGUCGGCAAGGUCACGGCACAGGUGUUUGCUGAUAUGCCGAUUGACCCGAACGAGCCGCGGUACUGCUACUGCAGGCAGGUGUCGUAUGGAGAGAUGGUGGCGUGCGACGACGAGAACUGCGAGAUCGAGUGGUUCCAUCUGGGCUGCGUUGACUUGAAGGCGCCGCCCAAAGGCCAGUGGUUCUGCAGGGAGUGCUCGCAGAAGCACAAGAAGCGCCGCGACCAUCACUCUUAACGGGGGGGGUUUAAUGUACUACUCUGUCUUUCGCAUAUCAUCAAGUCUGGGGGAGGAUAAUGCGAUGUAAAAGUAAACGUAAAGUGAUGAUGUACAAUGAGGGUAUACUAUGUUUUUGCCUUCUUCGAGGUCUGGGACACAGAUGGAUACUUUGGCCGCUGGUUGCGCAUCACCAUGCUGUCGGCAUGGUCGUUGAACGAGCCUCCUGGCUUGCUGCUCUGAGCCGAAGCGCCGGCCAACCACGACGGGGUGCUCUCGGCGUUGCUCCGUGUAUCCACCAUAUCGGACUCGUCCUCAUUGAAGUGCAGGGGGCGGAUGGAUCCCAGAUUGAUCUUCUCCAGCAAUGGCGCAAACACAUC